AUGUCGCCAAGUCAGAAACAGCGCCGUCGUGGCUUCAAAUACAGGCCUCUGGAAUCCAAUAGUUUCAGGUUGCUCGAGCUCGUUCCUGGAAAAAGUCUAUCCGCCGAUAUUCAUUGCAGGCUUCGGGACUAUCCGUUAGAUUCAGCACCGCCAUACGAAGCGCUCUCAUAUACGUGGGGUGAUGGGGAGAGUACAUGCCGCAUAUCAUUGAACGGUUUAUCCUUUUACAUCCGACCAAACCUUCGAGCCGUGUUGCGUCGCCUGCGGCAACCUUCAAGCACAAGAACCAUCUGGAUUGAUGCAAUAUGCAUUAAUCAAAACAACGAAGACGAGAAGAGCAUCCAAGUGCCUCUGAUGGAACAUAUAUAUACCAAAUCAGAACGGGUAAUUGCUUGGCUUGGUGAAGAGACGUUCGAUAGUGGAGUAGCUCUUGAUUUCCUUCCAUACUUGACCGACAUUGCUAAAUGUGACAUGGACUCCAUCUGGCUAUCACACCUUGGGACUGAAUGGUUUCUUCGGCGAAUGACAUCCCUCAUUCACCUGUUCUACCGUCCCUGGUGGCAGAGAAUGUGGAUA